AUGAGCAAAAACCUGAUCAGCUCACCCAUCAGGAUUACCACGAAUAUAACAAGGGUUUACCUGCUCGACCUGUCUAGUAACAGAUUUACCAGUGUGGAAAAUCCCCCAGUUAAUUUCACCCAGUCCCUGGAUCCAUGUGCGUUACGGAAUGUCAGCACCCUGAAUCUCUCUCGAAAUGCUAUACACGUUAUCUCCCCUGACGCUUGUCUAGGAGGCGUUUUGACUCUGGAUCUGAGUCACAACCAGCUACAGACUCUCGGGGCUUUGAUUCCGGUAAACAGGAUAUCGGUGUUCAAACUGAAUGACCUUUAUCUAGCGGGUAAUCAGCUACACGCUGUGUCACCAGAAACGUUCAUGGCAGCUAAUACACUACGAGUCCUUGACCUUCGUUCCAAUGAGUUCACUGUAGCCCCGAGUUUACAGAGACUUGUGUCUAACAACACAUUUAGAAAUCUCUACCUUUUAGGUAAUCCACUGCAGUGUGACUGUAGUGCAGCCUGGCUGAGGUAUACACCUAUCAAUUACAAAAUUGACCACGCCCGCUGCCACUCGCCUCCUGACAAAGAGUUACUCCUUGUACAGUGCUACAAUGUGACGGAUUGUGAGGCGAACAGGACGUCAGUGUCUGUGUCCUACUCCAUACCAACUGUUUGUAAAGAGGACUCCGCCAUUGUGCUUCGGGAUGUCACCACUGACACCGCCGGUGACGAUGUGGUCAUCCAUUGGUCAGUGCAUGGUCCAGGUACCAUUACUGGUUUCCGGCUGACAUACAGGGAAGACGCUGGAUCUGACGACGACAAGGAGAAUCUGUACCAUCCAGAGAAGCGCUCUGCUGUCCUGUUCGAUCUGGAGUCUGGUCACAGUUACAACGUCUGCAUAUGGGCAGAGGUAUACCCCGACUCCCGAACAGAACCGGUCUGUGUGCAUGUAGAGGCAUAUCCCGAGUCGGUCCCGACUACAGAACCGGGAUAUGUUGAGAGCGUUGCUAACAUUAAUGUAGAAAUUAUGGCUCUGGGAAUAGCACUAGGUGUUUCUGUGUUGAUUAUUAUCGUGCUCGUGGCUUGUCUGAUCGUCAGGUCAAAGAGGGAUGUAAACAAGAAGUUUGGUGAAACCCUUGCCCGGCGAGGAAAUCUCUAUUCUCACGCUCAGGGAGAGGUUGGAAACACACCUGGUGUUGACUUAAUGUAUGAGAAUAUAGAGUAA